AUGGAGAUCCAGCUGAACGCGGCUCCGGACGACGAGGCGCCCGCGGCGUCCCCGAGCCUCUCGCACGCCGUGCCCAUGUCCUCUCUGCUGUCGACGGACGUGAGCACGCCUCGAGAGGAUGACGCAAUCCGCCUGGACGCAGCUGCCGCCGCCCCCUCUCGCUCCGGACUCUCGAGCCUCAUGAACUCGCCGCUCAAGGACGAACAAGAAGAAGACGACGGAGAAGAGGAGGGCAGUGUGGGAAUCGUCGAAAAUGACGUCGUACUUAGUGCGAGUCAGGAGUCCGACGCUGUCCAAAACGACGACCAAGAUGUCGAAAUGGAGGCGCCCGUGUCGAAAAUGCCGGCGCUGCGGCGGCCCGAGCUGCGCGCGCUGCAGACGCAGCUGCAGUCGGCCCUGCAGCGCGUGAGGACGGAGGCGGCCCCCGCCGCCAAGCGCGCCAAGAAGGGCAAGCAGAGCCGCCGCGCCAAGGCCGCUGUCAAUAAUGCACCGGCUGAGGCCGAGCUGGAGCUGCACCGCGCGCUGGACCAGCUGCAGCGCGCCGUCAGCACGCAGUUCGCGCGCCCGGACCUGCUGCUUGACGUGGUGCAGCUGAGUCUGGGGCUCUGUGAGGCCGCGGACGCCAAGGACGCCGUGCAGAGCUGGGUGGUGCUGACGCAGGACAAGCAGAGCGUGGAUUUCGACAAGACCGCGGACAAGCUGCCGGCCAAGCCCAUCUACGGCCAAUUGGCGGCCGUCGUGCGGCGCGCCGUGCUCGCGGCGGACGAGACGACGGCCUCCGAGCUGCUGACGCUGGUGCUGGACUGGACUCUGGCGCACCCGACGCCCGCGCACUGGAUGUGGCUGCUGCUGUCGGUCUCGCACAUGAACUCGUACUGCGUCCAGGAGUUUCUGUUCCGCGCGGCCAUCGCGCGCUGCCAGGAGGAUAAGGAGGAGGUGGCCGAAUUUCUGCCCGUGUUGGAGCUCCUGGCCACCAAAAACCCAGCUCAGAUGGUGGACAUUCUGCGGGACGUGCUGGACGAGUGCGUGGCAAACGACAAAGUUUCGGUUGGAGCAGGACUCUGUGCAUUGGACGUGGUGUAUCGACUUGUGGCUCUGGCGAGCGGCUCGGCGGUGCUGGUGAGCUCGUGUGAUGACAACCUGCAGUGGAUCGUAACGCAGGAGCUGGUCACGUCUCUAGCGGCCAAGUUCACAACGCAGAGUGGCAGCAGUAAUGGGAGCGUCGGUGUUAACUUGGCGAGCUUGGAGGCGCAGCUUCUGAAGUUUCUCCGGGAGCGAAGCGCGGAGCUGCCCAACUCUGGCUUCCAGUUGCUGCUGCUGCUGCAAAAUCUAAGGGCGUCGGAGUUGCCGACACAGGUUGGAGCUUCCGUGGUCUCUUUCCAGAAGAAGGUCCUGGAAUUUGCCGGAUCUGAGUCUUCAUGUGCGUUCGCCAAGGGAAUCUACCGCUUCCUCCCGUAUAUCUGCCAGAAUACCCUUCGGUUGCUGCAAACGAUGGUCCCAGCUCAAGGAACGACGGCGGACGUUGACAUGCAAUCAGGCAACGACGAAAAGGUCUCGGACGAGGCCGCUUGCCAGCGUUUCGAUGAGUGGAAGCAGUGGCUGUGUCUGCUGGCGAAGGCGAUUUCGCGCAAGGAGGUGACGGAGCAGCUGAUCAAGGCAGAGUUGAUGCUGGCUGAGCUCAACGAGGUGCCUCUCGCGCUCCCACUCACAGACGUCCAGCCGGCCGAUCGCGCACUGUGCGAGCUGCUGACGUCGUUGUUGACGCCGGCGUCCCCUGAGUAUGUUGCCUUUGUGCGCGGCAUCAUCCAUGAGUGCCAAGCGGCUGCCCCACAAGCGCGGCGGUGCAUUCUCGGCCUUAUCCAGACACUGCUAAGUCUGAACGACAUCGAGGAGUUGAUUAGUGCCGCCUACGAGCUGCCGGUUACGCUGUCCACAGAGCAAGCUGCUUCCUGUAUGCAGCAGCUAGCUCGCGCAAAGAGUUGGAGCGGCAGUCUGGAUUCAUUUGCGUUGUGGAAAGGAGUGCGGGGAGUCGAGUUUUGGGAGUGCUUUCUUGACUUGGUGCGCUCCAAAGAUGGGGUGGUUGCUUCACGCGCGCUUCACCUAUUGGCAAGGACGCCAUUCUUGUCUCUGGAGGACCCGAACUGGCAAUAUCGCUGCGUGCGCAAGCUGUCAGGCGUAUAUUUCUCGCUGCUGCGGCAAUAUCGCGCCGAGCUCGUGCUGCAAGGCGACAAAAUCUCAAGAGUGCUGAGUGUUCCGACUGACAGUGAUUUACAGAGCCGCCUGCAGUCUCUAAAGAUGAUCUUGUUCCGAGUAUUGGCGCUCGACGGAGGCGUUGCGCACUACCCGUCGUCUGUCUACAGCAUGUUCGCAUCCGUGUGGCUGGAUGCUCUGCUGAGCACGACGUCUGCAACGAGCAUCCCGACACAUUUCCCGAAUGGAGUAAACUUUGCCGACAUGGAUAAUGACGACGAUCUACUGGACGAGCGACAGGUGAUUCGCAGUGAGCGUACCAUCAGUUCGAAGUGUACGAACUUGCAGUCAUCACAAGUGAUUACCAAGGUUCCCGAGGCGAAGCUCGUCUACCGCAAGACGCUCGACUCGUCAUGGGAGCGUGAAAUGCACGCGGCGCGCGUCUGCAGUGUGUACGCGACCGAAAUCUUCUCCCAGCUUCUAGCGUCCACAGGAACAGCGGCCAGUUUGCUGGUGGAUGAUCAGGAUAACGCCAAUACUAUGCCCAACGCUGAGGAGGACGAGCAGCUAGAGCGGCGACUGAAGAUAGUGGUGGAUAUGCUGCUGGAGCGUGUGAUCCCGUGCUGUGGCAUCCCAAGUGACGACAUUUACAAGGAUAUGCUGCCGAAUCGCUCGAGUUUUGACGUGGAUUUGCGUGUGGAGCAGUGGCUGAACCACUUUCCUGCGUUCCUGCCGCUGCUGCGCACGGUCAUCUCAACGUCGACAGCACUGGGCUCCUUGCAGUUGCUACGCCUUGUGCCAGUGUUCAAGUCGGCACUUAUCGUCUUGCUGGGUCACUGGAACAGCGUGAAGGGGGAGCUGAGCAUGGAGAACAUCGACGUGCCGCCCUACAUGCGCAACCAGAACCAACUCGCGAUCACGUGCGAGUUGAUGCGCCUGUUGCGCUCGACCAAUUGGCUGCCGACGCCUUUGGGCAAGGCCGCAGAGCUGCUGCCACUGACGACGCCAGCCGACAUUCGCUCGAUCCUCUUCAGCUGCUGGUUCUACCUGUCGGACCACCCUCCGAGGAUCGGGUCGCGUGCCCCCACUCCUGCGACGUCUGCGACCACGUCGCCCAUUUCUUCGGGCUCCUCUCCUGCCGGCUUCAGCAUUACGGGGCUGGCCACUGGCGGCUCCACCUCAAGCUCGAGUCACCCACCUCUCGAGUUCUAUCUAAUUCCACUGCGGAAGGCUCUGCAUCGCAACAUCCGCAAGGUUGGCGCAAAGUACCCACUCUUCAUGUGCUGA